AUGGAAGUUGAAGGAGCCUUGGAGUCUGCAGUGCAGCUGUUGCAGCGCAGGCUAGACGCGCUGCAGAAGGAGGUGAGGAGCUGCCAUGAAGAAUCCGCAGCCCUUCGUGAAUACUUGUCCGAGGUUGGAACGAUUCGAAUGGCUCGUUUUCUGGCCAAGCUCCACCAUCGGCGCUUCGAGCGGAUGAAAGCCGCACAUCCCUGGGAACGAGCUGCGCAGAUGACCGAUGUGGUUGUAAGCAGCGGACUUGCAUUUGGCAUUGGCAUCUACUCUGGCAUAGUGGAGGUGCUUGAGUUUUCUGCUUGCAACAAGGCUGUUCGCCGCCCAAUGAGGGAGGUGUUGCCCCUGCUUCGAUCUGUAUAUCCUGGGCAUGUGUACGUGCACGGCGGUUACGACGGCCAGCGCCGUUUGAAGUCUAUUGAGCGCUUGGCUCCAAACGGAGAUCACUGGGAAGCUCUUCCACCGAUGUCCGAUCGACGGGCAGUUGUGGCUGCAGAUGUGGAGCUCUUUGUUUGUGGAGGCUGGGAUGGCGAACGCCGCCUCAGCCAGGUCGAGCGCUACAACAUUACUGCAGGCUGCUGGGAGCAGCUGCCACCCAUGCUGGAAAGGCGUAGCCAUCCAGCGGUGGCCACGUUGCGAGGACGCCUCUAUGUUUGUGGCGGCUUCGAUGGCGCAGAAAGUUUGAGCUCGGUGGAGUGCUUCGAUCCGGUGUCUGGGAAAUGGUCUUGCCUGCCUCGCAUGCGAGAGCGUCGAAGACGUGCAAUCGCUGUGGUCAUGGCUGGAAAACUCUACGUUUGUGGAGGUUUCGAUGGAGCUGGGCAGUUGAACUUGGCAGAGAGAUAUGACCCGGAGGAUGGGAAGUCAUGGAAUCUCUUGCCACCACACCUUCUGCGCCGAGUUGUAAGUGCCGCUGCGGUGAUCGAAGGGAAGCUCUAUGUCUUCGGCAGCGAGGAUGAUGCGCAGGUGGUGAGCUCUGGGGAGCGCUUUGAUCCCAAAGUGGAUGCCUGGGAGGCGUUGCCUCCCAUGCUCUCCAGGCGUGUGGGUGCAGCGGCUGCCGCUGUAGCUGGUUGCUUUUAUGUUUGCGGUGGUUGGGACGGACGCCAGCGCCUUGCGUCCGCUGAGCGUUUCAACCCGAGCAGUGGGGUCUGGGAAGCACUUCCGCCCAUGAACGAACGCCGUGACCGCGCGGCCGUGGCCACCAUCGCAGAUCGGCUUUAUGUCUGUGGGGGCUUCAAUGGUGAUUCUGAUCUCAGGAGUGCGGAGUGUUUUGAUCCCGCUUCUGGGGCCUGGCUCACCCUGCCUCCUAUGCAAGAGAGGUGCACGAGCAUUGCGCGAGCUCCAGUGUUUCGAGGUUUGUCAGAUAGGCUCCCACCCAACAGGGCAACGUUUCUGAGAAAGUGUCCGUUUCUUGCGCUGGAAUACUCCUAG